AUGGCGACGUCCCUGCUCAGGUUAGGUCGACUUGGAUCUGUCAAGUGUCUCCUGCGUGAAGGCUGGAGCACACCUAGGACCCCAUUUGUUGCAGCACUGUGCACUAAAGGGGAUGUCACACCCAAAACAGCAAAAAAGGCAAAGGCUUCAACCAUAGAGGCCGAUGAGAGAGCCUCUCUUCUAGCCUACAAGCCCGCUGUUGCCUUCCCUUCUAAGCUGUCUGCCACAGGAUUCCUUCUCAAAGACGUAGCUUUAGGUGAGUCUGAAACUGCUGAGGUGGUUUCCACAGCCGCUGCAAGCGAGACGACAACUGACAGUCCUGUUGCUGAUACGGCAGCAGCUGACAUUGCCGUAGAAGAGGCAAAGAUCACUGAAGUCCCACCUACUGAUGGAGCCACUACAGAAAGUAAAGUAAGCAAGACCUCAGAUGUUAAGGCAGAAGUACAGAAAGAUCAAGAUGUUACCUCUUCCUCAUCCUCCAGUGAUUCUGAUUCAGACUCAGACUCUGAUUCUGAUGAUGAGAAACCAAAGACUGAAACACCAGUGCAGUCUGGAGAGAAAGCAGCAGAGGAGAAGAAAGCUCCUAGUCUGACAAUUGAAGAAGAAGGUGUUACAGAUAAAGAAGCAACGCCUGAAACUACCUCAUUUGAAGAAGCUCAAGAAAGUGCUGAAACUGUGACUAAAGCAACACCAGAAGAUGUUCCUGUACCAAGUGAUAAACCAGUUGGAUCAGCGGAGACCCUUAUUGAUCCUGCCCCUGUAAUAUCCUCCACGACUGAAGCAAUUCCUGAAGUUUCUGGUGAAUCCAUUACAGUUGCCACUCCUGACAAGAUAGUGGACACUGCAACAGAAAUUAAAACGGCUCCUACAGAGGAGAUUGCUGUUGAAAAGGAACCAGAAAUGAAAGUUGAAGAUGAACCAGAAAUCAAAGUUGAAGAGGAGCCAGAAUUUAAAGUUGAAGAUGAACCAGAAAUCAAAGUUGAAGGGGAACCAGAAUUUAAAGUUGAAGAUGAACCAGAAAUCAAAGUUGAAGAUGAACCAGAAAUCAAAGUUGAAGGGGAACCAGAAAUUAAAGUUGAAGAUGAACCAGAAAUCAAAGUUGAAGGGGAACCAGAAAUUAAAGCUGAAGAAGCUGCAAAAGUUUCUGUAGAUGUUGUCCCAAAAGUCACUACAGAAGCCGGGCCUGAAGAAGUAACUGACACCGCUGCUAAAGCUAGUCCUGAAGCAUCUCCUGAGGCUCUUGGAGAUGUUGCUGCACCCAAAGUGGAGGCAGGAACACUGGCAGCCACUUCCGAAGAGCUGGUAGACACUGCACCUGUGACCGCUGAUGCUGUAGAGGCUCUGGCUGAGACGGACGUUGUGGGAACACCUGAGGAAAAAGCCCCUGAGAAAGCCCCGGAGCCAGAGCCAGAGCCUGAACCCUUUGACAACACCUCGUACAAGAACCUGCAACACCACCAUUACAACAUGUACACCUUUGCUGAUAUGGAUGUAGAGAUGUCGAAACACCGUCUGCCCCAGCCUUCCGCAGGCAGACACUGAGUCUUCAUCGUGUGUCCACAACCUUGUUUCUUCCCAUGUUCCUUUGUUCUUCAGAUGGUUUGCUGACAAACAGCAAGCUUUAUGCUAUAAUUCUAUAAUCCUGGAAUUAAAAACAGAUGAUUUAACUUCA